UGUAAAUAAAGAUGGUCUAUGCGUUUGUUAUCCACACACUUCUGCCUGGGCCGUGUCGUGUCCUUUAUCAUAAUGUUUAUGGACAGGAUAUUACAUACACUGAAGAAAAUGAUGAUACAACUCACAAGAAUAGGAGAAGGAACGAUAUUCAAUUGAUAGCUAACGAGGUUCACUCAGAGUACCAGUUUCGAAAGGCCGUUCUAUCACGGACUGUAGAGGAUGAUAUUCAACGCAUGGGAAACGACGACACACUCCCCGACUUUGAGUUUGGCUGUGUUAGACUCCCGGAGGGUAAUCCUUUCUCAGUAGAGAGAAUCGCUCUCUGGUUAGGAGCAGGAAACACUGGAUUUACACUUGUGUGUGAAAAAUCGGAAAACAGACUUCUUGCAGAAAACGUUUUGAAAAUUCUUAUAAGGUUUAUUCAGGAGCAUGUACGAGUUUUGAAUCAACCCUCGGAAGCGAGACUGAAGAGUGACAAAAUUGCCCUUAUUCUCAAUCGGUUUUUGCCAAACGGGAACCUGCUUUUUAUGAACCAUCGUGUUGUCAGACAAUUAGAAAAAGAUGUUGAAAGUUUGAUGAAGUUAUCAUGAAUUUAUUAUCUAAUCUGAGUUGUUAGAUAGUAUUUCAAAUCUAUAUAUUUCAUUAAACGGGUUGUUUGAAAAAUAAGUGUGUAAACUUGAUAUCCAAUAAGUUCACCAUGGUAAUUUUUUUUUAAUAUACCCAGCCACUUAAGUUUUCAGUGUAAAAAGAAACUGUUAAUUUGACAUCUUAGUUUUGAUUUUUAUAAAUAAAAAAAAUAGAUAUAUUGAUAUAUUGCAUAUACCUGAAAUAUAUUUCUGCCACAGAAGAAUUCUUCCACAACCUGAUGUCUUUCUUCAUUACCGCCUAGUUCCCCAUUUUGUAGUGAAGGGGUGAUUUUUUCGUAUGCUGUUAAAAUGUAUACAAAUACAUAUGAAAAUUAUUUCACUUAACAUAAUGAUGUUGAUAAACUAUGAAUGAACUUAUUUCACCUUAUAUGCAUUUGCAACUUUAUAUUCUUUUUGAUUCUGAAAAAAUACGGAGUUAUAGAGGGAGAAAAUGCCGUGUUCAAACUGAUUUCUGUUUGAAAUUGUCACCAUGCUUCCUCAUCACAAAUUAUCUUAUAAACUGAACUGUAGUUCUCUAUAGUCAUUCAAUAAUAUAUCAAAUUUGUCACAACUUUUAUGUUUAUGUAAUUUUUCCUUUGUUUCAAGAUUUAAAUUUAAUUUAGAAGGUCAUGGAACACAAGAAUAUUUUUAUAGCUUAAAUGUAAGAAUAAUUAAUGAGAACAUCUGCUUAUCGACCAUGUGCUUAUACCAUUUAAAUCCUGUGUACAGUCUAGAAAUUGAUUUUUUCAAGAACCCUUUUAAGUUUGCUAUACUGGGAAAAGAUAUGUUUUGCAAAAUAUUUCUUUGUUUAGUGGAAACUUUUUCAUUAUGCAGCGCGAGGUUAUUCUGGAUCAGUUAGACACGUGAGAAGUAAACGGAAGAUUUAUAUUUCAAGUUUUGGUAAAUAUCUUUUCUCAGUUCAAAGAAAACAAUUGUUUGAAGCAAAAUAGAAGAUGGAGUACGGCUUGAAAAGUUCGAAGAAUUGCACUGCAAAUAAUACCCGAAUCAGACACAAAUUGAUCAAUAAAUUCCUAUAAAGCUC